CAAAGACGUCCCAUGAUGCUCUUUGACAGUAUAUCAGGUGGAAUCAAAUCAGCAGUUGAGAGCAGAUCAGUCGCAGGUCAACCAGCAGUAAGAAAACUGACUACCUGAAGAAUGGAGAGAAACAAGAAAACCCUUUCACUGUUUAUUCUGCUGCUACUGCUACUGGUCUGCAAAAGUGAGGAGUGUCCCAGCCUUCCAAAGAAUCUCACUUGCUACACUGACUACAAUAGAAACAUCACAUGUUUGUGGAACAGCAAAUACGUGUCUGAUGACACUGCAUGCACCAUACAUGCUCAAUAUAAAUCUCGCUACUUUUCUUACAGCGCUUCCUGUCACCUAAAGCCUUUUGAUGUCUCCAGACCAGCGCUAAAGAAGUGCUCCCUGAUCUUUGGAAUUGAAUACACUUUUCUGUCUUUCCAUGAGUUGUCCCUUAAUCUGAGCUGCAACCAAAUGAAGAGUGUAAUCACUUCUUUCAAGCCAUCCUGUCACAUAAAGGUGAAUCCUCCUGCAGAGCCAAAAGUCAACUUCACGUCUGUUUCCUGGUUGUCCCAAGUCCCUGAACAUGAAAGGAUCAGUUCAUACAGAAGUGAAGUCGAGUGGAAGAAGCAGGAUCAGUCAUGGAGUGAUCCCGCUGUGCAAAAACCUGGCAUUCAGUGCGAGCAGGAGUGCAAGGCAGAGCUGGAGCCAGAUUUGCUGAUACAAGGCGAGAGAUACGAGGCACGAGUUCGUGUGCGAUCUAUUUUUCAGCACCGCGAGGGAGCCUGGAGUGACUGGAGCCCCACUGCAUCAUGGGAGUCACCACCGGUCGGAGCGGGCAUGCUCCGUUUUCCCUAA